UAUCCUAGUCCCCUUCGAAUUGUCUCCUGUGCUUAAACCCAACCCCCAGCCCCCCUCCCCCUUCUCUCUCUCUCGCUCUCCAUCCCCACCUUCGUUUCCCUGUCGCGACUCCGCCAACCAAGAGGGAUUGAGAAGCGAUCACCCACUUCGAAGCUGGGAGAAAUAAUGGCAGCUUCAACAGUAUGCCUGAAGACAAGACCAAGAUUUACAAAGGAGAUUUUUGGAAGUCAUCUCACUUGUUCGGCAGGCCUUCCUUCACUCUCUGUUUUAUCUAAGCGAAUCUCCAUUUCUGCCUCUUUGGACCAGAAGCAGCGUGAAGGAAGAAGAGGAUUUCUUAAGUUGCUCCUUGGAAAUGUUGGAUUAAGCUUGACUACCAUAGUAGGUGCAAGGAAAGCUUAUGCUGAUGACCAAGGUGUAUUAUCUUCAAGAAUGUCAUACUCGAGGUUCUUAGAGUAUCUAGACAAGGAUAGGGUGAAAAAAGUUGACUUGUUUGAGAAUGGAACUAUUGCAAUUGUAGAGGCUGUUUCUCCUGAGCUUGGUAAUCGGAUCCAGAGAGUCCGUGUGCAACUUCCGGGUCUCAGUCAGGAGCUUCUUCAGAAAUUGCGAGAGAAGAGCAUUGACUUUGCAGCACAUAAUGCUCAGGAGGACUCUGGAUCUCUUUUGUUCAAUUUGAUUGGGAACUUAGCUUUCCCCCUUAUCCUUAUAGGAGGCUUGUUUCUUUUGUCAAGACGGUCAUCAGGUGGACUCGGUGGACCCGGAGGCCCUGGCUUUCCCCUUGCCUUUGGCCAAUCAAAAGCCAAGUUCCAGAUGGAACCUAACACAGGGGUCACUUUUGAUGAUGUUGCUGGAGUAGAUGAAGCAAAACAAGACUUCAUGGAAGUAGUCGAGUUCCUGAAAAAGCCAGAAAGAUUUACUGCAGUGGGUGCCCGUAUCCCUAAAGGUGUCCUUCUUGUUGGUCCUCCAGGAACUGGGAAGACCUUGCUUGCUAAGGCAAUUGCUGGUGAGGCAGGUGUCCCAUUUUUCUCAAUUUCCGGAUCUGAAUUUGUAGAAAUGUUUGUUGGUGUUGGUGCUUCUCGAGUUCGUGAUCUUUUCAAGAAGGCCAAAGAGAAUGCUCCUUGCAUUGUGUUUGUUGAUGAGAUUGAUGCUGUUGGAAGGCAAAGAGGAACAGGAAUCGGAGGAGGAAAUGAUGAAAGGGAACAGACUCUUAAUCAGCUUUUGACCGAGAUGGAUGGCUUUGAAGGCAAUACAGGUAUAAUUGUGAUCGCAGCAACCAACCGCGCAGACAUUCUAGAUUCUGCUUUGCUUCGACCUGGGCGAUUUGACAGACAGGUUACAGUAGAUAUUCCAGAUAUUAGGGGACGCACAGAAAUACUGAAAGUGCAUGCUGGCAAUAAAAAGUUUGAGAGUGAUGUUUCACUUGAUGUUAUAGCAAUGAGGACUCCUGGUUUUAGCGGAGCAGAUCUUGCAAAUCUUUUGAAUGAAGCAGCCAUACUGGCUGGGCGCCGUGGUAAGACAGCAAUAUCAUCGAAAGAGAUAGAUGAUUCUAUUGACAGGAUUGUGGCUGGAAUGGAGGGAACAGUAAUGACAGAUGGAAAAAGCAAAAGUCUGGUUGCAUAUCAUGAAGUCGGACAUGCAAUUUGCGGAACAUUAAUUCCAGGACAUGAUCCUGUGCAAAAGGUCACCCUCAUUCCACGUGGCCAAGCACGUGGACUGACAUGGUUCAUCCCCAUGGAUGAUCCUACGUUGAUUUCAAAGCAACAACUUUUUGCAAGAAUUGUUGGUGGCCUUGGAGGUAGAGCUGCUGAGGAGGUUAUCUUCGGGGAAUCUGAGGUGACCACUGGUGCAGCUGGUGACCUGCAGCAGAUUACUGGCUUGGCCAAACAGGUUAGUGUUACUACCUUACUUUUCAGUUUACAGAGCAUCAAGAAAUUGCUAUCCCUUGCACGUCAAAUGGUGAAUGAUAAUAAUCUUCCUCACCAAAAUACGAUGGUGGUGACAUUUGGUAUGUCUGAUAUCGGUCCAUGGUCACUAAUGGAUUCAUCAGCACAAAGUGGUGAUGUUAUUAUGAGAAUGAUGGCCAGAAACUCAAUGUCUGAGAAACUUGCUGAAGACAUAGAUGCUGCUGUGAAGCAGAUCUCAGACAAGGCGUAUGAGAUUGCGCUGAGUCACAUUAGAAACAACCGGGAAGCCAUGGAUAAGAUUGUCGAGGUACUCCUAGAGAAGGAAACAAUGACUGGUGAUGAAUUCCGAGCAAUUCUUUCAGAGUUUGUGGAGAUUCCUGUCGAGAACAGGGUUCCUCCAGCCAGACCAGCUGCUGUCCCGGCUUAACAUCUUCUUGUCAUCAACUCUUUUAUGUGCGAAGCCCUUCAUGGGUGAGCAUGUCAUGUACAAUCUGUAUAACCUCCUGUUGAUCCACAGCAGUUGAAUUAUAGCUGACUGUGAUAUCUUCAAACAAUCUUUGCUGUUCUUUUGAAACGAUUUUCACUACAGUUGAGGUUGCCACAGAAUAUUAAUUAAGGUGUAGUGUUAUGUACAAUCUAAUAUAACAUGUUUAAUCAUUACUGAAUU